AGCUGUGUGGAAAAAAAAAAAAAACUUACACUGAGAGAUUCAGCAGAUUCAGGAAAAGAGCUGUUCAAUGUCUUCUUUGACGAAGCCCAGAGCUCAGGACACAAUGGCUGCUGACGUUAAAAUGCUUUUCUGUGUCGGACUUAUUGUUGUAUUAACUGGUGUGGGGAAGUCUGCUUUAAUUGGGAAGACCCACGGUUCAGGAGGGGAAGAUCUUGUGCUGCAGUAUGUAGUCAACAACUCACUGAGGGAGCAUCCAGUCCUCACCAAACUCAGACUGAGGACCCUGCAAGACCAGUGGAGCAUCAUGAUGGUUUCCAGUGACCAAGCCCAGUUUAUGGCAAAUCUCAUUAGACUGAUUAAUGCCACUAAAGCUAUUGAAAUUGGGAUGUACACGGGGUAUAAUGCACUAAGUAUGGCUUUGGCCAUGCCGGAGAAUGGACGUGUUGUAGCUUGUGAAAUACAGGACUCCUACAUCAACAUCGCCAAACCAUUUUUUAAAGAGGCUGGAGUUGAAAAUAAGAUAGAUAUACAACAUCAAACUGCCAUGAAGACCCUUAAUGAACUGAUAGCAGCCGGAGAAGCUGGGACGUAUGACUUUGUGUUCAUCGAUGCUGAUAAAGGCAAUUAUGACAAUUACUAUGAAAAGUCCCUGGAGCUCAUACGAAAAGGAGGCGUUAUCGCGAUUGACAAUGUGCUGUGGAGCGGAAAGGUUGUGAAUCCUGCUCCCAGUGACCAGACCUCUCAGAGUCUGGAUGCUCUCAAUAAGAAGCUGCACAAGGACCAGAGGAUUGAUCUGAGCAUGCUCACUGUGGGAGAUGGGCUGACCCUUGCCAUUAAACGUUAAAACCCUUAGUUAUACACUGCGCGUGUUUUUUUUAACAGUACAGUAGUGUGUGUGUUGUACAUCAGAUUAAACAUUACAACUAGC